UAAGCAAUAUGUCUCACGCUCAUUGUUGUCAAAACAAAGCUAAAUCUAACGUAGCUCAAAGCCUCGACGAAAUGGAAUUCGAACGUGGUAUUUGGUCUGCUGCUUGCGAUAACGAUAAAGCCAAAGUCGAAAAAUUUCUCACAAACAAGGAUACUCCAGUGGAUGUGAGAGAUGCUGCAGGCUACACCGCUUUACAUUAUGCGUCUUCUAGAGGACAUCUCAACAUUUGCGAAUUAUUAUUGAAAUUCGGCGCUGACAUCAAUGCUGAAACUAGAGCCGGUAAAGCAACAGCUUUGCAUAGAGCUGCGUCCAGUGGUAAAAAAUCCAUCGUCGAGUUAUUAUUACAAAACGGAUGUGAUAUUCUGAAACAAGAUGCGGAUGGGCGAACUGCUCUGCACCGGGCUAUUAUUAAUCGUCAUUACGAUAUUGCUAAAAUGCUUUCCACUGUUUGUCCGAAUGUUUCAUCCAUCAGGGAUAAUAAAAAUAAACUUGCCCAAGAUUACGAUGAAAAAUAAUUACACUUUGAAGCAAUAUAUCUAGUCAUUAUGGAAUACUGCUUUUGUUUAGCGUACUUAUGCAUUUUUACUUUACUUUGUUCUUCUAUUUUUACGAAAGCAUUAUUUACCUUUAAUUUUUCAAAUAUAAAAUGUGUGUUAUUUUA